ACUCUGCUUGUUUUUCCAUUUACUAUUCUCCGAUUUUCUUUGAAUUCUAUGGGCAUCUGAUUUGCAUGGGCAAUAAUAGUGGGCAGUUUGGAGAAAGUGCUGAUUGACCUUUUGAAAGAUUUAAUAGAGAGGAAAGCAGGAGAUUGUGUGCCUCCAGAAGGAGAAAUAUUCCCCCCUCAGAAUAUUGUUUGUGUCUACCAAGAGUUUAGUGAUUAUACCGAACAGGAUAGGAGAGAACUUUUGCAUCAUAAAUGGAUAACACGUAUACAAAGAAGACAAAGUGGCAUGAAGAAACCCAGAUGGAUCGGCUAAGCGAUUUGCCUGAUUGUUUACUACAUCACAUUCUUUCCUUUAUGGAUUCUAAAUAUGCAGUUCAAACUUGCAUUUUGUCCAAGAGAUGGGUUAGUGUUUGGACUCAUCUUCCAGUUCUCAAACUUGACUCAAAGUUCUUCAAUAGAGUGGGUAACUUUAGAAGUUUCAUAUCCCAAGUAUUGGACCAUUGCGAGAACUCUAACAUCCUUACACUUAGCAUUUGCUCGCCCAGAAAGAAUUUAGCGAGGUCUCUUGUUGAUAAAAUUAUAAGCUUUGCUGUUUCUCACAGUGUUCAGGAGCUUGAUUUGUCUUUGAAAUACCCUAUAGGUGAGUUGCAAAAUGUUUUCAGGUGUCAAUCUUUAAGGGUUCUCAAACUUGAUUUAUUAUGUGGCCUUCCAUUACCAAACUCAAUCAGUUUGGCAUCAUUGAAGACUUUGAUUCUUUGCAAAGUUAGGCUAAAGAGUGAAAACCACUGCUUUGAUCUCUUUUCAAGCUGCUUGGAUUUGCAGAAUAUUGUUUUGGAUCAUGUGUUUUUAACCAUCUCAGACAUCUUCAAUAUAUCAGCUCCUGCCCUAGUCAGUUUGACCAUAUCUAAGAUUAUUUUUUAUGUUGCAAAGGAUGCCAAAAUAAUGUAUUAUGCUCCCAUAAAGGACCGGAAGGUUGUGAUUACUGCUCCCAGAUUGACCUCCUUCAGCUUCACAUGUUACAGACCAAUGUCGUUGUCCAUGGAUAAUUCUCCCCUUCUUGAAAAUGUGAACCUUAGCAUGUCUCAUGAUGACUUAUCGGAUACUCAAGAGGAAGGUUCCUUUAUGUUUCUGAUUGAGAUGUUGCGGCAGCUUGGUAAUGCAAGGUCACUUACUGUCACAUUAGGUUUAGUUAAGGUAUGUAUGGAAUCUUAUUUGGCAUGCCUAAUAUCCCAUAAAUUUAAUUCUUAAAAGCUAGUUAUUUGUUUUGUUUUUCCAGAACCAGAGUUUAAAAUUGUCUGUUGUACUUUGAAGUUUCUCUCACAGCAUUCCAGAUUGCUUGAAGAACGACCAUUUCCCUUUUCUAAACUGGAGUCAUUGAAAGUACUGAGAGGAAGACAGAGUUGCAAGAAAAUUCCUCCAAACGUGCUGAACUUUUUGGUUCAGGGCUCUCCCAUGGCUAAAGAGCUUCUCCGGAUGUUCCAGAAGGUAUGUAAAACUGAGAAAUGCUUAACUGCUAUCUCCCUGCAGUGUUAAUUGCAUUCCAUUUUAUGUAAAACUGAGAAGUGCUUGACUGCUAUCUCCCUUGUAGUGUUAAUUGCAUUCCAUUUUAACUCCCAAGUCGUGAUAUUUUGCAAGCUUAAAAGUGCUUAAAUGCUAUCUCUCCAUUUUUUCCUUUUCUUUCCUUUUAUGUUUGUUGU